UGAAGGGUUUUAUUAUCGUACUUUCUAAACCCAAAUACAUUUCGACAUAGUUUGGUCACCCAGAUUGUUUCAAAAUUAAAGUAAUAUAUUGGUAAGAUGGAGUCAAUGGAAUAUUCCCGUAAGAAGCGAAUAGUGCCACUUUCAACGGAUUUGUUAAGGGACAUCAUGACCCACAAGAAUGAGUAUCAAACGCCAAGUGGAAGCUAUAAAGAGGUGAAGCAAGUGGGUGAUACCAGAGGAGCCAGUCGAUCUGGGGCAACCCAUUCCCCACAAUUCUUGCCACCGGAUACGAGGCGACGCACUGAUGGAUUUGCCGAUGGACCCAUUGUGGUGAAUCCUCCCGUUACAAUUGCCUUCCUCCCCAGAUCCAAAUCGAAGAAGGAUAAGCAGAAACCGAUUGUUAAGCAGCAAAAGGAAGGGGUCAAGGAAUCAUUGGUUGAGCUCUGGGUCAGGGAUCCCCCUGCUGAAAGAGUGGCUCAAAAGAUUCGCCGAUCCUUUGACCCGGAUAAAGGAAGUUCGGAAAAGCUGACACCCAGUUUGACCAAAAUGGAGACACGCCUGGACUCCUUGGAGAAUGAAGUGCACGAACUGCGGAAACUGGUGCCAAUCCCGACCAGCUCCGUUCGGAAUAAAAAGCCCAUAGGGGGCGGGCCCCAUUUCUUAAACCGCUCACAGUCCACUCUAUCGCUGGGCUUCAGGUCGAGCUGUGACCUGAGACGCACCCAUUCCUCGAGUGAAUUGUAUCUGCGAGAUGAGCAGUCGCUGGAGGAAUGCAAUACCAAGAGGCAGCUGUACUGCGACAUGCAGAUGCACCUGGUCAACAUGAUAGUCGUACCUAAGUCACGCACCUCUCUGUUUCUCAACCAGCAAAAGGAACUGAACUGCCAAUUGGGCGGAUGCCUGGGCCAUUGGCGGCAUCAGUAUUCGGAUGAGGAUUGGUUGCGGGAUUUCGAGGCGGCUGUCUUUCUCAAUAGAAACUCCGUCGAGGCCAAGCGGCGCUCCAAGAAUGUGCGUCGUCAGUGAAAGUAAAAGAUCUCUUGGCUUGCCUCCGAAACAAAA